CUCCUGUUACCACUCCCUAGAAAAAAUGAUUCCUACGCAUAACAGUCCCCCCUCCCCCCACUUCAGCGCCACAAGUAACCAGGCCGUCCGCCCGGCGCAAGUUCCACCCUCUCCGUGGUGGGCUCAUUCCUGUGGGUGUGGCUACCUGACGCGAAGAUUGUUUCAGUGGGGCUGGGGGGAAAGCAAGUCAAUCAACAAAGACGAAGGGGGGAUAUGUACUUCCGGGGCGUUUCUCUUCUGGGGGUUCGCUUCCGGAAGGGUGUUCGGGCUCGUCCCACCCCCCCCUUGGAGGGUUGCUCCACCUGCAACUGGAGCCGUCAUGGAGAAAAGUGGGAACAUUCAGUUGGAGAUUCCUGAUUUCAGCAAUUCUGUUUUGAGCCAUCUUAACCAGCUUCGCAUGCAGGGCCGGCUAUGUGACAUUGUGGUUAAUGUGCAAGGCCAAGCCUUUAGGGCACACAAGGUAGUGCUGGCUGCUAGCUCGCCUUAUUUUCGAGAUCAUAUGUCACUCAAUGAAAUGAGCACAGUCUCCAUCUCUGUUAUCAAGAAUCCCACCGUAUUUGAGCAGCUCCUUUCUUUUUGCUACACUGGGAGAAUAUGCCUCCAGCUUGCCGAUAUAAUAAGUUACCUGACAGCAGCUAGUUUUCUACAAAUGCAACAUAUUAUAGAUAAAUGUACACAAAUCCUGGAGGGAAUUCAUUUCAAAAUUAAUGUGGCUGAAGUUGAAAUGGAAUUAAGCCAAACAAGAACAAAGCAUCAAGAAAGGCCUCCAGAAUCUCAUCGAGCUUCCCCGUCUCUAAAUCGAUCUCUGAGUCCUCAUCAUAGCACUCCAAAAGGAAGUCGUAUGGGCCAGGUUAGCACAGUUCUGGACAUUCGGGAACUUAGUCCUCCUGAGGAGUCUACAAGUCCUCAAAUAAUUGAACAGAACUCAGAUGUGGAAAGCCGGGAACCCAUACUGAGGAUUAAUAGGGCAGGUCAAUGGUAUGUAGAAACAGGAGUGGCAGACCAUGGUGGGCAGGGUGAUGAUGAUGUUAAAGUCCUUGGAGCAGUGCGAAUCAAGACAGAAAACUUGGAGGAGUGGCUGGGGACAGAGAAUCAGCCAUCUGGAGAAGAUGGGAGCAGUGCUGAGGAAGUCACUGCCAUGGUGAUUGAUACAACCGGCCAUGGAUCAGUGGGACAGGAAAAUUACAGUUUGGGCUCAUCAGGAACAAAAGUAGCCAGGCCAACCAGCACUGAAACAGACAGAUUUAGCCCUUCAGGUAGUGUGGUUACUGUAAAUGAUCGGUACAGGUCAAAAAGUGAAUCUCCAUGGCGAAUGGAUGAACCUAAGCAGCCCAGUUCCCAGGUGGAGGAGUCAGCUAUUGUUGGAGUAAGUGGCUAUGUGGAAUACCUCCGUGAACAGGAAGUAUCUGAGCGGUGGUUUCGUUAUAACCCACGUCUGACUUGCAUCUACUGUGCCAAAUCCUUCAACCAGAAGGGUAGUCUGGACCGACACAUGCGGCUUCAUAUGGGCAUCACACCUUUUGUUUGCCGGAUGUGUGGCAAAAAGUAUACCCGCAAGGAUCAGCUGGAGUAUCAUAUCCGGAAACAUACAGGCAACAAGCCUUUUCACUGCCAUGUCUGUGGGAAGAGCUUCCCCUUCCAGGCUAUCCUCAACCAGCACUUUCGUAAGAAUCACCCUGGCUGUAUGCCUCUGGAGGGAUCGCACAGCAUCUCUCCAGAGACCACUGUCACCUCCAGAGGGCAAGCUGAGGAAGAGUCUCCUCUUCAGGAAGAAGCUGGUCUGGCUGGGGAAACAGCACAGGGAUCUGUAUCGACUACUGGGCCAGAUUGAGGCCAGAAGCCCAGUGGAUCAGGAGAUCUUCUGUAGGAUAAGCAAACCCCACUGGGAUGGUGAGCUCCUGUAGUUGGUUGUGCAAUGUUGCCACGGGACAAAGACACUCCUGAGAGGUUGCCAAAACAAAAAAGAUACAGUACUGUAACAAAGUGCUUAUGGUUUCCCUUAUUUUUUUCCAUCUCUUUGGAAAGGAGAAAACAAAAACUGGGUUAACUAACCUCUGAUUCAGGGAUUAACAACUUCGGAGGGGUGGGCUUUUUUUAAAAAAAAAAAAAGUAUUCAGUAGUGAACAAGGAGAAAUAGAUUUUUCUUAUUUCUUAGCAACAGAUCCUGUGGUCCUAUGGGCUGCAGAGUUCUAGCUAUGUGUAUGCAGAGCAUCAGCAUCUGUAUUUAUCAAAAUCAUUAUACCUCCAUAAGAUACAUGGGGUCAGGAAUUGGUUUUUGUUGUUUUGUGCCCCAUUCUUAUUUCCCAGGUAAUUCUUUUUUGAAAAGAAUGGCUGUUGUAGUAUAACCAACCAUGCCUGAGUAUGUUUUAUUUUAUUUUGUUUUGAUGUAUCUUUUAAAAAAUUGACCCAUUAUCUAAGGGCUUUUAUUAGGGGGAGGGGGCUUACCAUUUCAACAUGUGUGGCCUUGCCUGUUUGUUAUAAGGCUAGCAAUUUUUUGAGCAGUAUUUUAAAGAUGACACAAUAUUUAAAUAUUUAAGCUACUGAAAAAGAAGGCAGUAACUAUGAGGUUUUGCCAUGUUUGAAUGAUAUUUUCAGUUGUGAAAUAUCGGCAGUGCAGAACACAUCACAAUUCUUGCUUAUUCUAUGUGUGCUGCAAAAACUGAAAAGUAGAUUUCUAGUUAUGAUGAAUUUUUAAAACUGGCUUUUCCCCCAAAGGUCAUCCUUUGCCUCCCAUGAACUUGAUCUAAUGAAACAGCAAUAUUUGUAUAUCAAAAUAGAUGGAUCUCAGUGGGAGAAGAAAUCCUGGUUUGUCUUUGUUUCUCUGUUUGGUAUUUUUAUAUGAAAAACAUGCAAAAAAAGACUCCUACAAUUCAGUAGUAUAAAAGCUCCCAUUUCCUAUAAGCAAUGACAACUUUUCCUUUACACCUCUAUAAUAUUUCACAUAUGAAGAAGGGAGAUCUCUCUCUCUUUCUCUCUCUGCCAAAUCCAGGAAAUAUGCAUCUUGUGUUUCUUAAUAUUCUGUUUAUAACUGAAAGGAUACAUGUGCAGAAGAGCAAAUAUUUCAAAUAAGUGUCUUAGAUUUGCAAAAUAAGUUCUGGGUUGGUAUUUUAGUAGCAAUACUGUAGAAUAAAGGCGAAGAGUUGGCAUAAUGCUAAUAUUAUAGAUUAUAUGGAACUAAAAUGGCUGAAACAAAACUUAUAGGAGAAAGCUUGAGAUGUGGUGGAGUCAUGAAAUGAAUGGAGAGGAAUUACUGUACAAUGUACAAUUACUGUACAGCUUCUUGAUAAACAUGCUUAGAUUUGUAUAAUAUUAAUAUUUCGCCAAUCUUGCCCUCUUCCUCCACACAUUUCUUGCUUCUAAGAAUGAAACUCUUGAUUAUGCUCGCAGGAAGAAUGAAAAUUGUUUGAUACUUUCCCCUUUCCUCCCUAUGUGCUCAUUUCUUUUUUUAUGUUAACUGAGGAAUUUGUUCCAUUCCCCAAUUCAUGAUAAAGCAAGCAGUGAUUUUUCUAUAUGAUCACGAAGAUAAUGAUUCAAAACUCAUUGAAAAGGUUAAUUCAUGUUUGUUUGAUAAGCUUGAUAAGAUUCUCCCAACCCCUCCCCCCCACACACACUUUUCUUCUGAAUGAAGUAGGGAGGAAUAAUAGAUGGGAAUAUAUCUAUCUAUAUGCUGCUUUAAUCAUAACUUUCAAAUCCACCAAAAAGAGACAAUUUACAUUAAAGAGAAUUGGAAAAUAUUUCUAGUUAGUUUAUAACAAAGUUUUUAAGCAUUUAAGAAUAGAAUUUUAAAAAUGUUACCAAACUUGUAAGGCAUACAUUUAUUUAUCUACAAGUAUGAGAUAUAUAUAAAUAUAUAUAUAAAUAUAUAAUUAUAAUGGGAAUAUUUCUUUGCUGAAUUGAUGACAGUGUAGCAUUUCUAUAUAAGAGUUUCCUUCAAAGCAGAAUGCAGCAAAAAUCCAUACAUAUUAAGGGGGCAAAGAGUUGUAAUGGAUUGUUGAAUGUGGCAUUUACAGAGCUGUAAGUUCCUUUUGAACUGAUACUGUGAAUAGAGGAGGGACCAAGUAAUCCAGAAUUAUGUCACCGGUCAUUACCUGCUUGCUGGUAGACUCCUCUUUAUUUAGCCUGGCCAGAAUCAUUGGGCAUUUCUUGCCUCUUAGCCCAGGCUUCAUUUUAAAAGAAAAAUAAAGCUUGUGAAAUGUGCUUUUAGUUGCAGCCAUUGAAAGAUGUCAUUUUUACUUGCGUGCAAAUGAGCCAAUAUUCUUGCCCAUUCUUCUUUUGAACUGGGUUUAUAGCUUUAGUUAUCCAAUUAAGAGGCUUGUGCCACCAAUCUUCCCAGUCUCUUCUUUCAAUAAGCCUGGAGGAGUUGGGAAACACUUAUUUCCUUUUAUAAGCAACACAGUUUAUUUUGAAAGCUGGACCCAGACAAAUGUGAACCUUAGAUAUGAUUCAUUGAAGCAGACAAAUUCAAAUCACAUUUUGUGAAAGUGAUUUAUUUCAACAGGCUAUAAUUACAGUUAACAUUGGGUUUAUGUUCAGAUAAUAUUACCUCUAGAUGCAAUCAUGGUGUCAAAUGAGACCAGGAUUCAAUAUUUUGUUUGUGUGUCUGUGUGAAGGUACAAGUGUGUGUACAUGCAGAAAAUGACCUUGAUCUGUGGCUUGAUAAAAUAUAAGAGCUGCCAAAAUACCCUGAGCUUUGUGGGUUUAUUCAGAGAGUACAUUUGUAGUGUAAACAAGAAAUCCUUGUAAACAUGUAUUACUGGAGAAGCUAGACAGAAGGGUGGAUUUUCUUGUGUUCUUGAAGAGCCUGACACUCUUUAAAGAGUUAGAAGCCUUGCAGGAAUACAUGCAAGUUGUUAUGAUUUGUAUAAUCCAAAUCAUGCCAAAUAUUAAGGCAUUGUCUCUAUUGGCAACCGUUCUUCUGUCCCUGCCAGGUGGCAGAAUAUAAUUGCUAGAAUGGGCAGUGGACCAAUUAGCAAAAAAUCUAACUUCAUUUGACCAUUUAUGUGGAAACCCAUGGUGUUGAUACGGCUGGAGCUGAAAAAAAAAACCUGUUGCACUGUUUGAUUCUCUCUUGAGAUCUUACUUUUCCCUCACAUUCUACCUUGAUUGUUCCUUUUUUAAGUUAUUCUAAACAACGUGCUAUUUAUACAAAUAAGUUAUGAGCUGAUGGCGCAUAAAUUCGCAAGGUGGGUUUCAAUACUUAAACUUGUUUCAGGCUAUUAUGCUUUGUGUAGCAAAAUGGAAAGUAUUCAUUUUAAUAAAUGCUAGUAGUAUUUGAACGAAAGUGGCAAAUAAAAGUGUUUGUAUUAGACAGAAUUGAAGCAAACCUGUAGUGAUGCUUACUUUUUUGUUCUGCAAUGAAACAUUUACUUGUGCUGGAAUUUUUGUAUUCAGUGCUUUAACCUUAAAGGCAAGUCUGGUAAUGAGCUUCUGGAAGUUAUUGUUGGAGACAUUAGGCAUUGGUUAUAUUGCCAUCCGUUAUUCUCUAGAUUCUAUAGUGUAGAUGUGUUGGUAACCUAUUUUUUUAUUCAGUACAUCUGAACACAUGUGCUAAAUUGAUUCAUAAUGUGACUCAAAAGGGAAGUAAAGUAAAACUCUUUAAUAUUAUACCUCAUUACCUAAUGCCUAACUUCAAAAAAAUGUAAUGAGUAAUUUAUCUCAUUUUUAAUGAGACUUGGUAGGUUGGACUUACAUUUACCUCUUCUCUUUCAAAGAAUGACAAAGCAUUAGGAGGAAAGGAUAAUUUCAUUGCCCUGCACUUGCAAAAUGAAUUUUCAAUGUGAAAAUUUAUCUUCCUGGGUCUGCUGCUAUGCAUUAAUCUUAUCAAAAGCAAUAGAGUUAAAUUAAUAUAAUUCUUACACAUAUCAUUGCACUGCAUGUCUGAAUUGCCUGAUUUGCUUUAAAAUAGCUAGUGUAAACAAACGUAGAACAAAAAAAGAGGAAAAAUAAUCUAAACAAUUGUAUUGCUUUUUUGUUUGAGAAUGAGAGAUGCUUUUUCCAAAUAUUUGUGAGACUCCAACUUAUAUUUAGAGAUCCACAUGAACUCAGGAUGCAACUUUGUCGUGUCUUCGGUGUCUGAAAAGGUUGGUGAUCAAUAAGCUGUAUUUUUUUUAAGAAUACAGAAUUUUUUGUCAGAAGAGAGCCUAAUCUCUGAAUUUGAAAACAUUUCUUGCUAAGAAUUUUAAGAUUUUAUGAGUUUUACUUCUGAUGUAUUCAAUUUCUAAUGCCUGGUUUUUCUAAAUUGAACUGAGUUGUAUAUUUGAUAAACUUUACUUGUUCUUUCAUUUUGUUUAAAAAAAACCUUCUCCAUGAUUUGACACAGAAUUGCUGUAGAAAAUUCUUUUGCUGUUUAAUGGCGCAGUUUUAAAAAUAUAUAUUACAAUGAGCCUGAAAAGUGGAAUUUGGAAAUACGAUUAUAAUUGGAAAUAACAUAAAGAUUUUGGCAGUUGUGUGCUCUCCAAGCUUGUUUCAGUAUAGUUUCUGAACGUUUCGUUACCAAACUAGAUAACAUCAGCAGGAUUUUCUUGUUCUGUUCUCCUUAGCUUAUAAAUGUCUUGUGUGCCAGUGUGGUCAGUUGGUCGUAUGAUUGAUUAAUUGUUUGGAGCUAUAUUUAAAUUCUGAACAGCUGAUUAUAUUGAUCAAGCAUAUGAAUAUGUAAGAAACCAGACCAUUCGAACGACCAAUCAACAAGAGAACCAAUCAGCUGCUCAGAAUUUAAAUAUAGCUCCAUUAUUUCAUGAUAUAAAGAUAUCAGUUUUUUAUUAUUGUAAGUAAACUCUUUUUAGUAAAAGAUUCAUUUACUUAUUAAUAUAAGAUCUGUAAAUAUACCAGAAUUUUACAUAACUAGCAAAAAAUAUCCAAAUGUAAAUGAAUUAAAUUCAAAUCCUAUUGGAAAUUUCUGCUUAUGCCACAUUUUUUGAAUGAAUCUCAUAAAUUGUUUUCAGGAGUUGUGUAGUCCUGGACUAUUAAAGGAUCAGAUGCUAUAUAUUGAACUAUAGUUGAUGUCUAUUGGAGGAGACCCAGGAUUCAGACCUAAAGGAUUCUGUUCUGGUUCAAAGGAUGAGAUCUUACAUAGUUUUGCCAAUAGGUUAUAGGCAGAUUAGGUAAAUCUGUUUUCUAAGAUAAUGUUUAUAACAUUAUUAGCUCUUUUAAAAGAACAAUUAGAUUAUUUGUCAAUUGUUUGCAAAACAUUGGUCUUUGAGAGGAAGAGUUAAAAUUAAAUAUAGCAUUUUUAAAAAUGUCUUAGUAGUUAAUAAACUAUCUCUACCAUUCUGAUUGUGAGUUCUGUGCUUCGGAAUUUUGAAGGGUAUAUUUUCUUUGAUAUAAAUAUUUUGAAUGAGUGAAAUAUGAUACUUCUGUUUCUUUUCCAAUGGGCAAGUUCACCAAAGAUGGCUAAAGAUGCUUAGUUGGAGGUGGACAGGUAUAAUAUAUGUUUCUGGAAGCCAAUCUUGGAAUUGCAGAUUGAGUUCUGAAGAUCAGGUAUAUAACUUUGACACUUGUUGGAUCAGGCAAAAGAUUUUGAGAAUUCAGCAUGUUGUUUCUUGCAAUAGUAGGCUGAUGUUUGGGGGAUGUCCUUUUUAGCACUUCUGAUUUGUAGGUGGGCUGCCUCUAUGUAUGCAGGGUCAUGUUUCAUUGAGAUAUAUUUGCAAAUCAGUUCUGUAUUGGCAGUUAUAUUCCUUUUAAUUUGCUUAAUCCUUUUAAAUAAGUCUGUUCAUGUUUGUCUCUGUAUAUUGUGACAUGGAAUUCUGUAUAUCAAUUAUAGGAAAAGUGACUACAUAAAACAGAUUGGAGAAUGUCACAACCAGGGAACAAAAAUAUGUUCAAUAUUAUAAGAUUAUGUGUCGUUUUAUAUUCUGUAGCAUGUCCUUAUGGAAAAUCUAUUUACUUAUGCCAUUAGUUGCCAUUUAAGUCAUGUUUUCAGUAUACAGGUAGUCUCAUACAUUUAAUGACCAUUCAAAGUUACAAUGUCAUUGACUGAAUGACAGUUAUGACCAGUUCUCAGAUUUCCUGCCAUUCCAAUACCCUCCCCAGACACAUGAUCCUGAUCUGGACACUUGGCAGCUGGUUCGCACUUAUGACUGGUUGCAGUGCUCCACAAUCACAUGAUCACCAUUUGCUACCUUCCUUGCUGAUUUCCCCAGAAAGUCAAUGAGAAAGCUGGCAGGGAUGAUCACAAAUCACUGCCCACCCAUGCACCCUUCCACAGCCCCUCUGUGCUUGCGCCAUGCUAGUCACAUGCACACUGUCCCCAAUUCUUUCAUACCUUCACUGAACUUCACCACAUUUCACAUCACCCAUGUACCCUUGCACUCCCUCACCAAGCCUCACUGCCCUCAUGCCCUCCCCCAUCCGAUAGCAGCCACUCAUUUACCUGCUGACUCGCUUGAGAGCCACCUGGGGCUUGCAAUGUCCUGUCAGUUUCCCCACUGACUUGAUCUUGGGGAGCCAGCAGGAAGUUUCCUUCCCUAAGGACUGUGAGAUUUGAUUUACCAUGGCAACUAGAACUGCAGGGAUUAUUGUCACUAAUGGAUAUGAUUGUAUUUUAUGACCUUGUGGCAUAGUGACAGAAAUUCUGAUCCCAAUUGCUGUCAUAAAUCAAGGACUACCUGUAUAUCUUUACACAAACUGUUAGAAAGCAUCUGGGGUUGUAAGACAUAAUACAAAAAAAAAUCGCUGAAUUAAAUGACAGAAAGUUCAUUAAAAUUUUACUUUGCUUGAAGUCCAAAUUUUCAUUUAAUUUUGUCAAGCAAGAUACAUUCCAGCAUAAAGCACUAAGACAAUUCUCAUGAUCAAACCAUUGAUUCAUUUUGGUAGCGAAGAGCUAAAGGAGGUGAACAUUACAUGUGCAGGGAACGUGGGCGUCCUGUCAGAACGUGCCCCUGCUUUUCCUGGGGCAAGAUGAAGGAGAAAGCAAAGCCUCAUCUGAGUUUUGAUAGUGCGCUACUUUGCCUGCCAGGUUUGAUCAGUUUUUUUUUUUAAUGGGACAUCUGGAUUUUUGUAGUCCAAUCCUGGUAUACCUGCAUUUACAGAUAUAUUUCUGAACAUUUGUUGGUCCUUUACAAAUUUGUAAAUCUCAGAUUGUUUAAAACUUUUAACCGGUGCCUUCCACUUUCUCCUUCUCUCCUGUGAAGCCAUUUCUUCAGCACAGGGUAUAUUUUUACCUCUUCUGCAGGUGCUUUUCUUUAUAAAAUCUGUAUAGGCCCAUAAUAUCUGAUGUCUUUUUGCUCCAGGAAUAUAGGGCUUCCUAUAUGUCUUGAUCUGACAUGUUCCCAUUCUUGCCUCACAUGGCAUUGAUUUCCUUAAUUGUUCAUGACUUUUUUCAUUGUUUGGAUGUUUUGUUCUGAGAAUGAAAACUACUACUAGACCUCCAGGUUUUUUACUUUUUCUAUGGCUUAAACCAUUAGCAGUGUUUGAAAAUACCUUUUGCCUUACUGUACGAACUACCGUGUUUCCCCGAAAAUAAGACCAGGUCUUUUUGGGGGGGGGGGCUUCCAAAAGAGGCGCCAGGUCUUAUUUUCAGGGGAUGUCUUACUUACCUGUGUCACUGACAGCCCCGCCCAGCCAGUCCACUUCUUCUGCAGCUGCAUUCCGGCCUGCAUUUUGCAGUCAGGCCUUUCCAGAAGGCCUCUGCAGCUUGGUUCUCUCAGAACUGUGACUGAGAAAUGCAGGCCUGGCUAUAGAAGACGCUGCAGAAGUGGGCCAACAAGGAGAGGCCUGGCUGCAAGGUAAGUGGGUGUGAGGCGCAUGGGGCAGCUCCACCUCCCACCCCUGCCCUAGCUUGAUUUUUAGGUAUGUGCCUCGCCCCAAAACUAGGGCUUAUUUUUGGGAUAGGGCUUGUAUUAGCCCCCCCCCAAGCUAGGGCUUUUUUCAGGGUAGGCCUUACUUUCGGGAAAACACGGUAGACUGGAAUAAAUUUGGGGUUCUGCUGAAAAGAAAGCAAACUCAGAUUUGCAAGUGAAUGUGAACCAGAAGCCUAUGAAAUUAUUCUCGGUAUACAGCUUUUUUUUAUUUAUCAGAGAUUAAUAUGUUCCCCAUUUGAUACCACUGCUCAUCAAAUGCCAUAAAAUCUAAAGCCAGAGUGAUUCCGGAAUCAGACCUUGAUCUUCCCAUAUUCUCUUGUCAAAUAAGUCUGGUACCAUAUUUAUUGACAAAUAUCCAGAAAUUGACAAGUCAUAUCAGUACUGUUAUUUAAAAACAGGCUCACAUGUUUUAAUACUACUUCUAUAUAAUUUGUAUUAAGAGUUUUGUAUACAGUUUUAAAAUGUUGCCAUUGAUGUCUAAGAUAAGGAUUUUUUCUCACAAAUACUGCCUCCAGUUGCAAAAAUUGAGUUUAAUUUUUUCUUAAACAUUAAUGAGUUUUCUUCUUCAAGAUUACAGCUGUCUGUACAAAAAGGACUUCUUCAUAGCCAAUUCCUGCACAGCUUCCCAAAUCCUGAUUCUGUGUAUGUGUGUGGGUGUGUGGAUGGAUGGAUGGAUAGAUAGAUAGAUAGAUAGAUAGAUAGAUAGAUAGAUAGAUAGAUAGUAUUAUACCAACCAGAUAGAACUGAGAUUCCAUCUAGCAAGUAACUCCUUCUUUUAUUAUUUAUUUUUAUUUAUUUAAUUGCUAUAUUAUGUUUAGUUAAGCUCUGUUUCUAAGAGCAGUGUAAUAGAGGUCUUCUAUAUAAUCUCCCCAACCCUCCUUUGUAAAGAGGCUGAGAAAGUAAAUAGUUAUGGGUUUCAGUGAGAGUCACUCAGUUCUGUUCUGAACAAUGGAAGAAUUAAAAGAAAUUGCUUCUUUUUGCUUUUACCACUGCAAAUAGUUCCUUAUUGAAAUUGGUACAAAAAAUACUGAAUGCAGCACUCAUCAAACUGUUUCAACAUUAGCAGAAUGUUGCAGCUGCAUAUGAAAAAAACUGUUACUUGGAUAAAAUGAGUUGCUAAUGCAUAUUUAAUCUACUUGGGUUUUCUCCAUCUAUUUCUCAUUUUAACUGAAUCUUCUAUUCCAGUGAUAUAAGCUAUGUUUGCUGCAUACCCCUGAGAGAUGAUCCAUUCUUCAUUUUAUUGAAUUGUUUGCAUCAAUAUAUUCAUGUAGGCAUACAUCUAACUGUGUUGUUUAGAAAUCUGCAGUGAAUUUUUAGAUCCAUUAUUUCUGCAUUUAUGCUGAUUGGACCAUGCUAAAUGUUUCCAUUUAAAGGAAACAGAAGCUGUAAUCCUUCACUUACCACAUAAAGAAGCUUUAAUUCAGUAACUGAAGUGCUAACACAAUUUGUUUGGUAGGUAUAACCUUUUUGCAGAAAACAGAGUUCAGGUGACUACCAAUACAGUUUCAAUCUACAAGAUCUCCUGGAAGGCAGAUGUAAUCUAAGAAUUUUUGGUCUGACUGCUAAUAAAUUAUUGCUGUGAAUGGCUGUUUAAGUGAGAGAAUUGGAGCUGAUUACAGAAUCUUUAGUGACCUUGUCUCUUCCCCAGAAUUAAUGUAAUUAAUGCAGCCAAAUGAUUGCUGGAGCAGAAAUUUAUUGUUUUCUAACUGUUGAUGAAAAACUGAGAAAUUUGAAUGACGCAUUUAAAAUUGCAGUGUAACUUUUUAUAAAACAUUCUUCUUCAGUUUUUGCUUCCUUAAGCAAUCUGCCCUUGAUUCCACAGUUUAAUAGUAUAAGGUAGAAGAUGCUGUAUAAUUUGGAAACUGGACACAAUGGGUCUGAUACAAUAGCAUGUGUAUUGGUGAAUUUGCAACACUCUUACGUUUUUCACUAUGAAAAAUAAAUACAUUUCUGACAAGUGAAUUUCUCUUUGCAGAAAACAGAUAUAUGAAAUAAGAUCUUUUGAGCUGAAAUAUGGAUACUUUUCUUGUUGAAAAACUAUUCAAUUUUCUUUUUAAAAAUAAACAUACAAUUGCUUCUGGAAUAUUAAAAGCACACUGAAAAUUCUUUCCCUUCUGUAGAUGCUGCACUUUUUUAAUGCAGAAGGGAACUGGUUCAUUUUGUCACAGUUAUGCCUACUUUUCCUGUAAGAGUCUUGUAUCUUGAGAUGUCAAGUUCAUAUUUCAUAAAUGCUUUGCUUGCAGUCAGUCUCCAGCAGAAAAACUUACUAAAUGACCUGUACUGAAGAGCAUGGAGAGUUGCAUUACUAGGCAAGGUGGACCAACUGACUUAGCAUAGGAUUGGUUCUUAUGUUCCCAGUUAUUCUGGGCAUUUGAACAUCAGUACCUGAUCUCCAUGUAUUCUUAUAUUCACAUUCCUUGAAAGCAAAAGAAAACUUGUCAAGACAAAUGCAUGCUGAAUAUAGGUGUAUCUUUUGUUCCCUUUGUUGUGUCAUCAAUGGAGAGAGGCUUUUCUAAUAUUGAAAUACAGUUGGCAAUGCGUAUUCUUUAAUACACUUUUUGUAUGCACUUACAGAUUUUCUCUCAAACAGACAAUCGUGUUUUAAUUAGUUGCCAAGUUCUAUAAAGGCAAAAGAUUGUGGAGACUAUGGAGAAAUAUAGUCUGAAUCCAGGUUGUGGGAAGGAGUCUUUCUUCUGUUGUGCUCCCAAUCUGGAUCUCUGUUCUGUAAUUUUCACGAGGAAAACUCCAAUGUCUUUGGCAAGCAAGUUGGCUUCAAAAGGGAUCCUUGAGAAAAAAAAUUGAAAACCAUCAUUUUAAGCGUCUUUACAAUACGAAGUUAUGCUUCUUGCACUUGUGCAUCAGUUGAAUCAUCCACAUUAGCUAUAAUGUAAAAUAGCUGCCUUGCCCUUAUUCAUUCCAUUAACAUUCAGUAGAGAAAAGUGGGGAAACUAAAUGUGAAUCAUCAUGUUUGUUGGAAGCCCCCAGCUUCUUAGAUUAAUGAGGUACCUGAAAUUGAGGCUAGGAAAACAAAUGCUUUAAUUCACGGGUGUCAAACUCACUGUGUCACGUGACAUUCACGACAUAUCGUGACUUUUUUUGUAUUGCCGGAGCUGGGGUGGGAGAGACCUCCAUACGAUGCAAACCAGCCCAUGGGCCGCCAGUUUGACACUCCUGCUUUAAUUGAUGAGCAAGCUCUAUAGAAUUCCUUUUCUUAUGCUGUACUUGAAUGGAAUUGUGUGAUUGGAGAAUCAAAAUAAUAUGAAAGUUCUGUUUAAAUAGGAAAGAGAAAGUAAAUCUUACCUUAUUGUGCUAAGAAAUUAGGCUGAGGAUUAUUUUGCUCCUGCUGGCUUCCUCCCAUCAAAUUAAACAUGACAGAAAUUGCAUUCCUUUUCUCUGAACUGAGCUUGUGAAUAGAUUUACUUUAUUGAAGAGCAUCAAAUGCAAUUCUUUUUAUUAUCAGCCUCCUCUCAGCCUGUGGCAGCACUUAGUCACUUAGCAGAUAUUGAAAAAGCCAAGCAGAAUCAGUUUUGGAAGAAAUCCAAUUAGUGCUUGAAUGGGAGAUUCCUAAAGUUGUGGAACAGACUGGGCAGAAGGCGGUGACAAACCACUUCUAUAUUGAUGCCAAGGGAAUUAUAGAGACAUGCUUGUCGGGAAAUAGACUCAAAGAGAACUCUGUAUUUUUACUUUGUUAUUAGAAAAAUAUUAGUUAAGUAUCUCAAGAAUGAUGAUUCUAAUCUACAUGUAUUAGAACAAACUACAGCACGUAGUGAUGAUGUUUUCUGUGAGAUAAUGGAAACAAACAAUUAUUUUGUAUGUUAAUAGAACUAAAUUUUAGAGAUGGCAUUCUGUUUGCUAAAUCAAUAAUAAUCACAACUGACAAUCAAGAUAAAACAAUGGGAAGGUCCUCAAAGGAAAUAGAGAAGCACAGGGUAGCUGAGUAGAAAGUUCUCCUAUAGAAGCCCCAAAGAAAUAGAUAAAUGAGGAGUAAUUAUGGCUACUUAUACUAUAAGGGGAUCAUAAAAAAGUUAUUUUCUUUAUGUUGAAAACUGAUACAUUGUGUGUGUGUUUGUGUGUGUGUGUGAAUAAUUUAUAACUCAUUUGUUCCAUCAGAUCAGUGACUUCUAGUUAUUCUUGUCCCAUAAUCCAUAAUAAUGAAAUAUGCAUGGAGUCACCUUUUAAUAGUAGUGACACAUGGGAGAUACUGUUAUAGAGGAAGAUGAAAUUGAUCUCUUUAACUAUGAAUAACUGGGGAGCAGUGGCAGUACUGGCUUGUAUGCCAGUGGUCUAUUUUGAAUAACAUCUACUACCCUCAGGAAACGUAACUUGAAAGAACAUUGAAAUUAAGUGUUGUUCCUCUUGCAGCCACUGGGUGUUGGAAAUGUAGUCUGCUCAGGAAGAGAAUGCUGUGCAAUGUCAGCAUAGAUUUCUGUGCCUCUUUCUCUGGUGCUAUUUAUUUUACCACUUGGUUUAUAUAUAACUAACUACAUUAUUGUUUAUAGCUCUUGACCAUGCAUACCUAAUAUAGAUUUUCAAGAACAAUGCUUUUUUUACUACCUUGAUUGCAAAUCUUUAUAUGUUGAAUUAAAUAUCUACAAGUAUCUUGGCAUUUAAUGAGUUUUAUUAUACAGUAUAAAAUGCACCAUGGAGAGAUUGUCAGUGCUUUGUGGAGAAGGCAUGUUUUACAAUAUUUGAGAAUGAAUUUUUGCCUCCCCCUCUCUUGUGGCUCUUGACAAAUACCAAUUCUUCUUCCCAUGCCCAACGGUAUUUGGGCCAGUAUUUCCAGGAUGAGGAUGCUCAUAUGAGGAUUCAGAUUGUAAACUAAGUAAUUAAUCUGAACAUUUUGAGAAAAAUCACUGCAGUGAGGCAUAAGAAACAUGAGCAAGGCCAGAUGCUACAUGGGUGAAACUUGCAAUCCCUGAUCUCACUGUGAAACUGAACCCCCAAGGUCUUUGCGGAGCCUGCUGGCAGAUUAGCACAUGCAUAUACAAAGAGAAAGAAAGCAUUGUACACUUGACUUGUGUGACAUAAGGCAUUGUCUGCAUUAUUUCAAGAAUCCAUUUAAUUAUUACACUUUUUUGCUAUUAUUUCCUGCAAGCCAGCUUUUAUAUGUAGUAUGGCACUUUAAGUAUGUUAUUUUAACUUCUUCUUUUCCCUUCUUUUUCCCACAAGCACUUUAAAUUCUAUGGAUAUUGUUAGCUAUUAUGUACAGGAGAAUUGUCUUAGGUAGAAAAUAGAUAGUACAGGUUACCAUGGUGCAGAGUGAUUAGAAGUUUUUGGCAGCCCAGACUAGUACAAACAAGACACCUCUCCUUGGAUGUUUGAGCAGCUGCAUCUCUUGUAAGACUGCCCAGCUGUCUCUGUGUUUGCGAGCAUGCAGAACCACUUCACUGGGAGUCCCAACAAAGUGUUGCUUGUGCAUAUUUCUGCAUAGGCAGACAAGCUGGAACAGCUUUCAAAAGAGGUGUUUUAUUUGCAUAAUUGUGCAUGUUGAAAACAUUUUUUAACACUUUGGACGGCCCUGAUAGUUUAACACCUUGGAUGGCUCUAGUAUUUUCUGCAUCCCAGGAGGUGAGAGUAUUAUAUAUGCUCACUAUUCUUUACUGGCACUUCUGUACUCCUCAAGACUAUGAAAGCAAAAUGCUAUGUUUGCAUCCCACAUUUUAAUUCAGAUAUAUAAUAUUUGGAAAGUUGGCAUGCAAGGUUGCAUGUGAAAUAGGAUAGUUUUUGCUUAUUGAAAUGGGCUGUGUUUCUGCAUCAAAUCAAGUUUUUGGAAAGCUACAGAGCCACAAGAAAAUGCAACUGACGCUACUAAGGUUUGCAACAUACAGAGAAUUGCAGCAAUAAAGUGGACUGAAAUUUCAUGAGAUCAAAUUGUAUUGAAAUAAUGUCAGUUUUAAAUUUUCUUGUAAAUAUCUCUGCCUUAAAUAAGUUCACCUUGUACUGUUUUGGGGUGGGAGAAUGGGGCUAUUGUGGUGGCAGAUGGAAAGCUGGGCCUGUAUUGGGUAGUAUAAGUUCAGUUGCCCUGCUAACCUGACCACCUGCGUUGUAGAGAUAUUCUAUCUUUUGGCCGCAUCAAAUGGAAAACAAAAGUGGAAUGGUCGGAUUGCACAGAUACAGUACUAGGUAAUUUUCCUGGUUUUAAUGAGAUUUGUAAGAAUUUAAGAAUACAUUGUAUGAACCUGAAAGAGAUGGAUAAUAUUUACUUUUCUGUUGAAGUAUUGAGACUUCUUGUUGUAUAUUCUUUUGGGUUGCUUUUUAUUGCUUUGAAUUACCAAGAACAAUGUGUUAUUUUGGAGCAGGCUGAAAAGUGAUCCAGCUGUUUGCAAAUGAUUGGUAGCAGAACUGCCCAAUUUCCAGGCCCAUGCACCCUUUUAUUAUCCCACUGAUCCUUAAGCACAUAGAGGGAGAAUAAAAGGGAAGCUAGAGGGUAAUGAUUUUGUAGGUGUCCUUUUGAUGUAGGUAGAAGAAGAUAAACUAUAAUAGUGAAGAUAAAGGCUUACAUAAAACUUCUCUUAAAGCAGUUUAGCAACAAAAAAGCUCCUAUCAAACAGCUUUAAAAUGUGAAUGAGAAGUUAGCAACUUGGCUAGAAUUCUGACAAAGUCUAUAAGUACAUACUUGAACUUCUGUUUGUAUUUUAAAACAAAUGCAUUUUUUCUCUUUAACACUGUAUAAAAGAAAUGUUAUGCAUGUGAGUGGUUUGAGAAAUAAAUGGUUUAAUAUUCAAAA